AUGCAACGUCCACUUCGUGGCUAUCGGGGUGGUAUUCGUAUUGGUCCUCAUUUUACACAUACUCAUUCUAUGAAACAUAAAGAUGAUGAUGAUAAUAAUAAUAAUAAUCGGUCAUCGUCACCUAAUUCAAAUCCAGAUGAUAUGAAUGAUGAUAUUAAUGAAAAUAAUUCAACAAUAAAAUCUAAAUGUUCUUCAAGACUAUCUUCAAAAACAAUUAAUACUGAUUUUGAAUCAGCAAUUCGUAGUAUUCGUCCAUUAGCAACUAAUGAAAAAACAACUAAAACUAAACCAAAUAUUUAUAGUCAAAAAGCUGAUCUACCUCAAUUAAAUAUCAUAGAUAAAACAACUGAUAAUAUCAAUGAAAAAAUAAAUGAUAAACAAUCUGAUCAUUGGUUUCCGAAAUCUGAUAUUGGUCAUGUUAAUUCUACUGAUUUCAUUCGUCAUAAUCAUAUUGAAUCUCAACAAAUAAAACCACCAAGUUUGUUAACAACAAGUCCUCCUGUUGGUAUCUCAACACGUCCAACAGCAAUUAUUGCUCCAGCUGGUCCAACUCGAUCGACAUCAGCAUUUUUUACAUCAAAUUCAUCAAUUAAAAGUGCAACUUGUUAUAGUAUUGAUGAUUUGCAAAAUAAUUCUUCAUUAAAAUUAAAUCAACAUUCAAAGACAUCUGCUUUUCAACCAAUUAAUUCUACACAAAAUUCACCAUUAAAUACAAUCGAUCGACAAUUAAAAAAGAACUCUCAACCUACUCCAAUGGAUAUACCAAAACAUAAAAUAUUAGAACGUGGUCAACGUUUAACAAAAGUACAUAUAUCACAUCCUCAAAGUCCAUCAAUUGUUCAUCUUAUGUUAUCUGAAGAUUUUAAUAUAGCUUGCCGUCUACUUCACAAAAUGGCAGCACAUCUAGAACUUCAAUCAAAUUAUAUUCCUACUCUUCCUUUUAAACCAGAAAUAAAUCAUAUAUGUGCAUGUUUUCAUGAAGGACGUUGGUUUCGUUGUCGUAUUUUAGAAAUAUCAUCAGAUUUGAAAACAGUUACUGUUAUCUAUUUGGAUUGGGGUAUGAUGAUACCUGUAAAAAUUGAUCCAAAAUAUAUUCGUUAUUUACCAAAUGAAUUUUAUGGUGAUCCAGCUUGUUCUAUUAUAUGCCAUCUUGAUGGUGUACCAGAUCAAGAUGAUUCAAUACCAGCAAAUAUUAUUACUCAAUGUAUUACUUUACUAAGUGAAGAUGAAUAUGAUGUCAUUGUAAAUGAUUUUCAUAGUACAACUGGAGGUAAAAUUAUUCUCUCUAUAAAUGGACAAAAUAUUAAUAAACAAAUUCAAAAAUUACUUUUAUCUAAUAAAAUAAUAUCAGCUGAAGAUGAAUUAAUUGAACAAUUUCAACAUGAAAUACAAUUAUCUGUUGGUGAUGAAUUAAAAGCUUUACUUAGUUCAUUUAGUGGUAAAGAUGAUUCAUUUUAUGUUUUACUUAUCAAUGAUAAUACAGCUGCUAUUGAUCGAGCUAUGAAUGAAUUACAAGAAGAUCAUAUACCAAAUCGAGAAUUUCUUCAAAUACCUCAAAUAAAAACUCUUGUUGUUGCUCGAUAUACUGAUGAUGGUAAAUAUUAUCGUGCAUGGGUUAAAACUAUUGAUUUACAACAUGAACAAGCUUUAGUUUUUUUUGUUGAUUUUGGUAAUGAAAGUAAUGUUUCAUUUUCUGAUAUAUACAUAUGUCCAGAAUCUGUUCGUACAUUACCAUGGCUUGGUAUACAUGUUCGUCUUACAAAUGAUAAAAUGACAAUUAAAGAAUUAACAGAAUUUUGGAAAUUAACUGAAUCACAUUAUAUAUGGAUACGUGUUAAUGAAAUAUUAAAAGAUUCUUAUGGUAUACAAAUUAAAAUUGAUUAUACAGUCUAUCUUCGACAUGAACGUUUAAAAAUGUUAACGUCGAAACAAUUAAUUCAUAAGAAUAUACAAACAAAAUCUAAUGAAAUAUUUACAUAUCCAAAGACUAGUUCAGAAAAGAAUUUAUCUUUAUUAUUACCAUCAACUAAUGAUCAGAAUCAAAUAGGAAGUGAAAAUAUUCUUCGUAGUUUAAUUGAAAUGAUUAAUAAUGAAUUACGUUCACUUCGACAUCGUAUCAAUGAUAGUGAUGAAGCAUCACAAGAUCGACAUAGUCAACUAAUGCAAUUAUUAUUUACAAUAGUAAAUUUAAAUAAUAGUAAUUAUCAAAAUAUGGCUCAUUAA